AUGGAGAAAAAUAGAAAGACUCUCACUACUAGUUCUGGUAUGCCUAUUGACAACAACCAGUUCUCUCAAACUGCUGGAGCCAAAGGACCAGUUCUGAUUCAAGAUUUUGCGCUUGUUGACAAGCUUGCCAAAUUUGACAGAGAGAGAAUCCCAGAAAGAGUUGUUCAUGCUAAAGGUGCUGGAGCUCACGGAUACUUCCAGGUUACUAACGAUGUUACUAAAUAUACCAAAGCUGACUUCCUCAGUGAAGUAGGAAAGCAAACUCCUCUUUUCACAAGAUUCUCUACUGUUGCGGGAGAAAGAGGAUAUGCUGACACUGAUAGAGAUCCAAGAGGAUUUGCUAUUAAAUUCUAUACUGAAGAAGGAAACUAUGAUAUGGUUGGAAACAACACUCCAGUCUUCUUCAUUAGAGACCCAAUCAAGUUCCCAGACUUCAUCCAUACACAGAAGAGAGAUCCUAAGACUGGCUUAAGAAGCUCCCAGGCUGGAUGGGACUUCUGGGUACAUCAACCAGAAGCUUUCCACCAGUUGACAAUUCUUUUCUCUAACAGAGGAACUCCAGACGGUUAUAGACACAUGAACGGAUACUCUUCCCACGCUUACAAGUGGGUUAAUGCUGAUGGAGAUGAGCACUAUGUCCAAUAUCAUUUCAAAACCGACCAAGGAAUCAAGAAUUUCACAAGUGAGGAAGCCACCAAGAUGAAAUCUGAGAAUCCAGAUUACGCUACUGAAGAUUUGUACAAUGCUAUUGAUAAUGGAAAUCCUCCAAGCUGGACCUUGUAUGUCCAAUUGAUGCCAGUUGCUGAUGCUGAGACUUACAAAUUUGAUGUUACUGACAUCACAAAGGUAUGGCCACAUAGUGAUUACCCACUUAUUGAAGUAGGAAAGAUGGUUUUGAACAGAAACCCAGACAACUAUUUCGCUGAGACUGAGCAAUCAGCCUUUGCUCCAACUCAUACUGUGCCAGGAAUUGAGCCAUCUAAUGAUAGAAUGCUUCAAGGAAGACUAUUUUCUUAUCCAGAUACUCACAGACACAGAUUAGGCGCUAACUACGAUCAAAUUCCAAUCAAUUGCCCAUACAGAGCAAGAACUGCUCAUUACCAAAGAGAUGGACCAUUAACUUCCACCAGCAACUUUGGAGGUUUGCCAAACUAUGAGCCAAACACCUUAGGAGGUCCAGUUGCCGAUCCAAAGGCUGCAUGGAGUACUCCAAAAGUAACUGGCAAGGUAGGAAGACACGACUUCGGAACUCCAGAUGAUUUCGUGCAACCAAGAGCCUUAUACAAAAACGUAAUGACCGAAGAGGACAGAGAGCACUUGAUCAAAAACACUGCUGAGCACAUGGCGGGCGUCACUAAAGAGGUCAAAGAGAAGGCUGUAAAGAUCUACUGGCAGAUUGAUCCAGACUAUGGAGAAAGAAUCGCAAAGGCUGUUGGAGUUGAUGCUCCAAAGAUGGCUAAGAUGUAA